UUGCAGUGAGAGCAUGUACCUUUCAUCAGAUGAUUCAAACUGCAUCCUGUCUGAUUAACCUAAAAAGUCCUGAAAAAUGAGGACUUCUGCCUGAUAGAUCACUGAAAGGAGGAAUUAUUUUUAUAUUUUAGAAUAGUUUCUGAGUAAGCUUCUUGGCUCAAGAAGAAAGACACUAGUUGUUUUUCAGCCAGGAGUGGAUUUGUGGCUUGGCUUCUCCAUGGCUUCCUGCCGUGCGUGUGACCUCAGGGUGCUGACAGCCAUUGUGUGUGGACUGCUGACGACCAUCGUUUUGGGACUGGGCAUCUGGAUGACUGUGCUUAAGAUCCAGAGAGAACAAUCAACCUCCUCACCAAGCAUCCCUGUAGGGUUCUGCAGGAAUGGUGGAACCUGGGAAAAUGGCAGAUGCAUUUGUCCAGAGUUAUGGAAAGGACGGAGAUGUACAAUCGCUAAUUUCUGUGAAAAGAGUACCUAUGAGAAUUUAACUUUUGAUAAAAUUCCAGUGGGAAAAUAUGGAUCUUCCCAGCAAAGAUGUGAUAAGGACACUUUGAAUGCGGGCAAUCCAAUAGCAACCCGGCUAUGCAAUAUUAGCAUAUAUGGAGAGAUAGAAUUACAAAAUGUGACAAAAGGAAAUUGCAAUGAAACUCUGGAAACGCUGGAAAAGCAGAUAGUCAAUAUCUCAACACAGUCUCUGAAUAUUUCGACUGAAGCUCAGAUUUUAACAUCUGAUGUCGAUAGAAUAACUCCAGAGGGCAUCAUUUCUGCCACUAGAGUGGUCGGGCAGAUCUUCAACUCAAGCAGAAAUGCUCUACCUGAGGCAAAAGUAAUUGCUGUAACAACAGUGAGUCAACUUCUAGAUGCCGGGGAAGAAGUUUUUCAGGAAGCUGCUGCUACUGCUUCUGAUAAUGAUGACACCUUUACGACACUUAUUAAGCAAAUGGAGAUUUAUUCUACGUCUUCGGGUAACCUGUCAGUGGUGAAACCUAAUGUGGCGGUAGAGUCUAUGGCUUUCUCUUCAGAAAGCACUAUGGAGUCUCUAAACGUUCGCUUCUCUGUGAAGAAAGGAACUAGUGAUUAUCUCCUUCCUGGUUCCACAGCUGUGGAGAGAGAUGUGGACAAACUUAAUCCAGAUGGGGAGACUGAACUUCAAAUAUUGCUCAGUACCUCAAAAAGUAACACAACGGCAUGCGGCUUUGUAGUGUAUCAAAACAACAAGCUUUUCCAAUCAAAAAGUUUCAAAGCUAAAUCAAAUUUUAGUCAAAAAGUUAUCUCAAGCAGUACUGAUAAAAAUAACAGUCAGGGAGCUUCUGUUGACAUUGUCCUUAAGCCAAAGUACGACUUAAAAGAAUUCCAGCUCCAUUCCUAUGCCUGUGUCUAUUGGAAUCUGUUAACAAAGGAUUGGGACACAGAUGGGUGUCACAAAAAUGGGAGCACGGAUGAAUUCUUGUACUGCCACUGCAACCAUACUACUAAUUUUGCUGUAUUAAUGAGUUUCAAAAAGAAAUAUAAAUAUCCUGAAUCACUAAACACGUUAUCCAGCGUUGGAUGUGCGCUAUCCAUUACCGGUCUGGCUCUCACAAUUAUAUUUCAGAUUGUCACCAGGCACGUCAGAAAAACUUCAGUAACCUGGGUGUUGGUCAGUCUGUGCACAUCAAUGUUGAUUUUUAACCUCCUCUUUGUGUUUGGAAUUGAAAACUCCAAUAAGAACCUAAAGAAAAGCAAUAGUAGCACCAAUAAGCCUGACUCUGGUAGAAACGAAAUGCUCAUGCAAGACACUGUUGACAUCCAGAAUCCCACGUGCACUGUGGUUGCUGCCUUCUUGCACUAUUUCCUGUUAGUGACAUUUACCUGGACUGGACUCAGUGCUGCCCAGCUCUAUUUCCUUCUUAUUAGGACCAUGAAGCCUCUUCCUCAACAUUUCAUUCUGUUCAUCUCUUUAAUCGGAUGGGGAGUCCCGGCUGUGGUGGUGGUUGUGACAGUGGGAAUUAUUUUUUCUCAGAGGGGUUCACAAUGGGAGUUAGCCUACCGACAAGAAGAAAUCUGCUGGCUGGCAGUUUCAGAAAACAAUAGUCUUAUAACAAGUCCGUUGUUGUGGUCAUUCAUGAUACCUAUCACCAUUAUCCUCAUCAACAAUAUUGUUAUAUUUAUUAUCAUUAUAGUCAAAGUGAUAUGGAAUACUAACCAGAAUCUGACAAGCACAAAAAAGGUUUCAUCCCUAAAGAAGAUUCUUAGUACAUUAUCUAUCACAGUUGUUUUUGGAGUUACCUGGAUUCUGGCGUACUUUAUGCUAAUUGGUAAUGAUGACAUCAGGCAUAUCUUCAACUACAUGUUCUGCCUUUUCAACACUACUCAGGGAUUACAAAUUUUUAUCCUCUACACUGUCAAAACAAAAAUCUUCCAGAGAGAAGUUUCCAAAAUGUUGAAGUCGCUGUCGCAGUCCAAGGGGAGAGUGAGGUUGCUGCCCUCAGUGGCUUGCCUGAGGCUGCGUGUAAGGAUGUAUAACAUGCUCAGGUCGUUUCCAGCCCUAAGUGAACGCUUCAGGCUGCUGGAGACAUCUGUAAUUGUAGAAGAGACGACAUUCUCUGAAAGUGACCAAGCAGACUCAAGCAUCUAGACAGUGAAACCAUUACCUUUUGUAAUCCUCUUUUUGUACAACUCACGUUAAGUUUUGCUUAUUCUGUUUCUUUCCUCUAUUACUCAGUCCUCCCAGAAAGUCUCCCUCACUAUAUUUUGCUCAAGACUAAGAAUCAGGUAAAACCUGUUGUUUAUCAUCAUCAGGGGUAAUGGAUUUGAUAGUUUUUCUAUGAUUCAAUAGAUUCUCACCUGAAUGAAGUGAAGAAUUCCACCCAGCAUUCAAGAUAACUCAAGAUAUCAUUGUUACUUAUAUCAUAAAUGUGACAAACUUUGGUAAAACAAAUUCUUUUACAAUUUACUAAAAAGAACAUGAGGAGAAAAAUGUAUCUUCCAGAACAAAAUGGCUCCUAAUGAACCCUGCAGGGAAUUGCUUAUAUAUAAUAAUACUUUUGAUCUGUAAAUAUUUUCAUUUGUAUGUGCUUAUACUUUUAUUUCUACUUCAGGAUUUUGCACCAGUUUAACCUCUGGAAAGGGAUUUUUUUUUUUUUUUUCUGUUCAAAAAAAGAGCAUGUUUUAGUGACCGGAGGAUUUAGCUGUAUAAGAAAUGGGCAGUGAGACACAAAAGGAUGAGCUGGUUACUGAAGCCUCUGUAUAUUUCCUUCUGGUUCUUGAUACAUCUCUCUUUUUAUUGAUGAAGUGACAUCGAGACUCUUUAAAGUGAAAAGAAAGAUCACCAAAGAGCCUCCUUUAGCCUGAGAGUGGAGUAUAUAUGUGUUCCCUUGGUGAUUUUAGUUUUCUUUGCACUUUUUCAAUCUUCUUGGGAGUACAGCCACCAAAAUUCCCUAUAAUUUUCCUGGAAUGGCUAUACCAAAAUGUGCAAACUUUACAUACAUAUUGUGGGGGAUAAGAAAGCAGACGUUGAUGCUUGUCUGCCUACCCUGAAAUUCUACCACUUAGGAAGUAAUUCUUAUUGAUUGAAACCUUUGCCUCAUGCAGUGGUCAAGAAGUUUAGUGAUAGAGAUCAACUCAAAGUAGGUUAAGGGUCAAAGAGAAUUUAAUGGCUCAAUUAAUUAUAAAGUCCAAAGGCUGAGUUGAUUUUACGUAGGGUAACUAUAUGUUCUAGUUCGCCUGAACCAGUUCUAAUUUGUACCUGUUAUCCUGACUUAUGUAUUACUAGCAGCCCCUUUUACUCUCAAGUGUCCUGGUUUAGGACAUAAAAUAUAGGAUAAUAAUACUAAUAUGAUAAUAUAUGAUAAUACAUAAGAUAUAUGAUAAUAAAAAUUGGUUCUCAUGAUAUUACAUGGAGCGAACUUUAGGUCUAGAAUUCAAAAGCAAGGAAUUCAAAGAAUGUGUUAGGAUUCUUUAUCUCUCCCUGUAUCCUGGGUCUUUGUCCUUCUGUGUUUGGCUCCAUCCUCAAAUUGGAUUACAUGGCUGAAUAUUGGCCAUUGACAUCCCCUUUCUCCUGCCCUGCAACCUCCUUUCAGUGAAGGCCAGCUGAGCCUGGAAACUGUGGGGCUCAAUUCCUUGUGAUAAAGGGUAAAGCAGGGGCAGGAAGAGCAAAGAACCAAAGAACUGGCCACCUUCCUUGGUCAUGUGCCCACAUGUGCACACAUGUGGCCACAUGUGCCCACAGGCUUUGUGUUCAGGGAAUACUGGGUCAGCCUGAGUCCCAUGCCCACUCUGAAGUGGAGGAUGGGGAAUGGCCUCGUUGACAAGAUAUCUUAGAGUGGAGCUUGGACGGUUACAUUGAAGAUGGGCUCAUCAAUCAUUUCCCUUACUCUGAAUAAGCCAGUUAGAUCCUUGUCUGAGCAGAGUUUGAAUGGGGUGGGUAAGGAAAGCAGUAAUUAAUUAUUUGGUGCUUUGGAAGUUGAAGAGCAGGUACAGGGGUGAUAGGAGCCAAACAGUGACUUAAAAAGAAAAUUUCAGGAAAGGGAGACUCAGAGUAUUGGUUCUCAUGAUAUUACAUGGAGCCAAUUUUCCAUGUUUCUGAUUUAUUCUGUAUGGUAACAGUGCCCUGUAGCCUUUCUGCUUGUGGCAGUGCAUGAAGUUUCUUUGGGGGAACAAACUAUCCUGACCUUUACGUUUUUCUUUCCUGGGUCUAAACUGACAGUUCAGAGCUGCUUGUUUAAUUGUUGGAGUUUUGGAUUGCUUUUUCUCUUACCCUUCCCAUUUUGAAGUUUACCUUUCCUCUUUUUUUUUUUUUCUGUUACCAACCAAGGGAGAUUAUUCUCAAACUCAUUGCCUUAUUCAAAAGAACUUGGCAUUCUUUGCAAAUGUUUGGGAAACCUGGACCAAAAGUGCCAAUUUUAUCAUACCCACCUGACAGUCACUAGAGCUCUCUGGCUCUGUGGAACCCCCUUAAUAUGUCUCCCUGGGACCUCUGGUACCUGGCUCCUCAGAUGAGGUCCAAGACGGAGAUACCAGGAUUAGGUUUCAUUCCUGGGGCAAGCAUGGGGGGUGGGGGGACAGUUACUGAGAAAGGAAAUGGCUUCCUCCUUGAUUUUUAAAACAUUGCUGACUAUGUAAUGACAAUUUUGGAAGAUAUUUAUAAAGUAUAUUUUUCAAAAAAAGCAAAAUUCAUAAUUACCUAAACUAUCAAAGAUGGCUGUUUUUCCAUGUUUUCUUAUGCUUUUUUUUGAAACAUAAGAAUUUAAAUAACUGUAAUUACAGUAAGUGAAAUUUUAUCCUGAUUUUCAUUUAAAUUACCCAGUAAUGCUGUCCUUACGAUAACUGGUUGCAUAAUAUAGCAUAAGUUACUAAGUUCUAUUGGAUUUCCAGCUUAUUUAAAUUUUUAAUAUUGUAGUGACACAUGAUUAAUAAACUGGUAUAUAUACAUAUUUUUUCCUUUCUUUUUUAUUAUUUCCUUAAGGUAAACUCUAAUGAUUAGGAUAAAUGUGUUAAAAGUUAUGGACAUUUGUUUACAUUCCUUGUAUUUAUUAUUAUAUUGCCUUGAAAAUGUUGCACUAAUUGAUAAUGUCACCAACAUUUGGAGUACC